AUGUCGGAGGUUAUACCAGUUAGGGUUGCCGUUCGUGUUCGACCACUUAAUAGUCGUGAAAAGGCAGAAAAUUCCCAAGAAUGCGUUCAGUGCUUUGUGGAACAAAGUCAGAUAUCGAUAAAUGGUAAAAUGUUCACGUUCGACAGCGUCUUCGACCCUACUACAUCACAAGAAAUAAUAUACGACGAGUGUGCUGCCCCAUUACUGGAAAAAAUUUUUGAUGGAUAUAACUGUACGAUUCUUGCUUAUGGACAAACGGGUAGCGGUAAAACCUAUACAAUGGGGACUGAAGAAACGGUAACCGCAUCAAGUGAGGGACGUGGAAUUAUUUCACGAUUAGUGGAUGGCAUCUUCAAGGAAAUUGGAACAUCAGAGAGGCAUCGAGUGACAGCAUCAAUGCUUGAGAUAUAUGAGGAAAAAGUCAUCGAUUUACUUUGCAUUAGUCGGGAAUGCUUGCAAAUUCGCGAAUCAAAAGGAGCCGUUUUUGUGCAAGGAUUAUCGGUACAUCCAGUAUCCUGUCUUGAAGAUGCCAUGAAACUCUUGCAAAAAGGUUGUCAGCUUCGAAGUAGAGGGGAAACUGCUAUGAACGACAAGUCAUCACGCUCGCAUGCCAUUUUCACAUUGUGCAUCGAAGGAAAUGAAUCAGCGGAAAGCACCUUAUUCAAAGCGAAACUUCAUCUUGUGGAUUUGGCUGGUUCUGAGCGUUUGAAAAAGACUCAAGCUGAGGGCGAAAGAAUGCGAGAAGGUAUUAAGAUCAACGAAGGUUUACUAGCAUUGGGUAAUGUAAUUGCAUCUUUGACCGAUCAGAAUGCUACGGGACGCCAUAUUCCGUAUCGAGUUACGAAAAUUACACGUCUUCUUCAAGAUUCACUUGGAGGGAAUAGCUAUACAGUGAUGAUAGCAUGUAUUUCACCAGCUGAUACGAAUGCGGACGAAACUCUGUCAACACUACGAUAUGCAGAUCGAGCGAAGCGUAUCAAGAACAAGCCCACUGUGAAUGCCGAUCCAAAUAUGGCUCUAAUCCAAGGUUUGAGAGAUGAGUUGGCAAGUGUGAAACAUGAACUAGCAAUGCUUCGUGCUGGGCAGAAUUUGGUAAAGUUGGAAGAUAACCAAACAAUCAGUGAGAUAACGAACGACUGCAAAAGAUGUGUCGAGUUAGAAAAGCAAAAUUUAGAGAACCAGGAAGAUUACAAUCGUCGUAAUGUACGGUUCGCGGAAGCGAUGGUAGAGAAUUCGAAAUUGGUGGAGCAGUUACUUGCUUCACAACAGAUCGUUGAGCAAUUGAGAGAUCAUAUGAGGGAAAUCAAAAAGAAAAGCGAAAAUAAGGAAUUUGAUGAAGCGAUGAAGAUUUUAGACAUUGCUAUCAAUUUGCGAGGCCCUGUCGAAGAGGAAAAAGACAAAGAUGUGUUCGAUAUUGGCGAAGAUGAUGCAGAUGAUGAAACAUCCGACCAAGCAUUUGUAAAUCGUUUUACUGAAAAGCAAAUAGCACUUAAUAAGGACAUGCGGGAUAUUUUGGAAGAAAUCAAGCAAAAAGAGCUGGCGUUUGAAGCAACCGUCGCUUCUCAAACAGAAAUCGUUAAGAUGCGUGAUACCUAUGCCGCUGAAAUGGAACAAUUGCAAGCGAAACUGAUUGUUUUGGAGAAGGAAAAGCAGGAAUUGUUGAGCAAGCUCAAAGGAUCCAGUAUCCAUCAUAAACUAAGCGAAGAACGACGGAAACGACUUCAAGAACUCGAGAAAGAACUGGCAGUGAGCAAGAGACGGGUAGGAGAAAUCCAGAAGCUGGAAAAAGAGAACAUUCGUUUGCAAGAACAGUCGAAGAAGUUGAGUAUAGAACUUGGCGAAUUAAAGAAAUUGAGGGUCAAAAUGUCUAAGCAAAUGAGGGAAGGAGAAGUAAGGUUUCGGAAGUGGAAAAUGAUGGCGGAUCGAAAUAUGGCACAGCUGAAAAAUCAAGUACGUAAACGUGAAAUGGAAAUGGCUCGAGAACAGCAUGCAAAAAAUCUACAAUUAGCUGUAUAUCGACGAAAAUACGAAGAGGCAAAUGCUUGCAACCGACGUUUGCAAAUGCAACUUACUAAAAGCACUACUCGAGCAAAAACAUGUUGUGAUGGACAAUUUAUUUCGGCUUUAAAUGAUGAAUUGGCUGUAGCUUAUUCUGCAGCUGAAGCUGAAAUUCAUUGUCAAAUCUUAAUCGAACAGCGAAAAGUUCUCUCUCUUCAGCAACAGAAAUUAAUGAAAAGGCAGGAGAAAUUAUUGAAGGAACCACCAGUCAAGCGUCGUACUGGAUUCGAUAUGGAAGUUGAAGAUGAAAGGCAGGCAAUUGAAGAGCAGCUAAAGAAUUUAGAUAGAGAAAUUCAGUUACGAGGUAGUGAACUUAGUGAUAUUCAGAAGAAAUGCACAAAAGCUUACUCGGAUGAACAUCGUGAUCGACUGUGGAGUGCUCUGCGAAAUCUUACAGAGGCAAAGGCAGGAUUAGAUCGUCUGUUCGAUGCGACUGUAAACGAAAGGCGUUCUUGUUUGGAAAAAGAUUCGCUCAUUGAAGAACUGAGACGAGAUAUGGAUGAAAUGAAAAAUUUUUAUGAGAAGAAGUUAGAUGUUAUGCGGACGGAGUUGAAUGAUUCCAAAGCUGAAGUGGGAGUGUUACGACGAACCUUAGCAGAAGCUGAAUUGUGCUAUGCUAAGCAGGAACACGAUAUGAUAAAUAUUUGGAAUGAAAUGGUCGAGGGACACUUUGAUUUACCUGACAACGUGAUCAGGAAUUUGAAUUUGGUAAAGGAAGCUGCUAAUAAUUUCACCAGUCUCCAACAAGCAUUCGAACAAAAACAACGUGAUUUAGAGAAAUCACGCGCACGAGUCUACCAUGGUCGACUGCGUCGUAAGACUGGAGUAACAGAUGGUAUGGUGCAUGGCCGAUCUCUGUCAGAAAGUAUUAUGGAAGAAAGUGGAAAUGGAGAAGAUUUGUCAAAGACUUAUCAAAUAAGAGAAAAUCGAAAGCCAGUAGAACGCCUUGGAGUUGCUAUGGAUCUGGACUCGAUUUUUUCGGAUGAAAAAGGAGAGGAUAUGUCCACUGCUGACAGCGAUCUUUCGUAUCAUCCUACUCCACAAAAAAUAACCCGUAAACGUCAAUCCAGUUUAGCUAAUGUACCUGGACGUCGUGAUACCUUCGUUUUAAAUGAGGCUCCUCUGAAAAAGAUUGAUAUGGAUCAGGAACCGAAAAACGAGCCUAUUCCAAGCUGCAGCACGGAAUCUGAUUUCAAUCCGAACGCAACGUAUACGGUUGAACAAUGCCCAGGAUUAGAUCACCGAUCAGUUAUAACGCGUGAUCUUUUUAAUGAAUUGUAG